GGCCGUUACCGGACGUGCUCUUUGGACGGCAGCGGCGGUGCACGCAGGUGGGCGACGCAGGGGGGCGCUCGGCACGGGUCCAGCGGGGCUUCGGUUCCAACUCUGCCUGCGGCGCAGCGUUUGCCUUCUGCUUCUCGAGCGAGAAAUUACAGCGCGAGAGCAGGAUCCUGAUAAAUGCCGCUUUGCGAGCAGCGAUUACUGAGAGACGGCGUUUGCUGAAGCUCCGACGAUAUUUGAGGCCGGGCUUCGCCCUGAUUUGAACAGCUGCCUGUCGCGCUUGAAAGCCGUAGGCUAGAGGGAAGGGAGCGCCUCGUCUCUUACCUUCUGCGUAACUUUCAGCGAUGUUUGUCUAGCCUUGUCCAACUCUGUAUCUGCCUGUUGCAGGUCAGAUUCACUGCUGGGACUGAGAUACACUGAAGGAGUUAAAUUAUGGAUUUAACAACCAUACAGCUCUGGCAUGAGGCUUUCUGAUCUUUAGUAUCCUGCAAACAGCCAAAGAAUGGAACCAAAUUCAGAGGAAGAUAAGCUUUUCAGACCAUCCUAUGUAGCUAGCGCAGAGCUACCUGAAAGAACAGGACUAGUAAACGUGGAAGAUAUUAAAACAAAUCUCUCUGAUGAGUUUUGUUCAGCUUCUUCAAGCUCAGACACGAGCCGGAGGUCUAGCUUGGAGCCUAGGGGACACAUACAAGUUUGCCUGCGUAUUAAGCCCUUUACAGCACUGGAAAGAGCCAAUGGAUCACAGGGGUGUGUUUCACUGGAGGACUCAACAAGCAUUAUAUUGAAACCCCCUAAGAGCUCCUUGAGUCGACUGAGUGAAAAAACUGCCGGACAGACGAUGGCAAAGUUCACCUUUUCACGAGUGUUUGGACCUGAAGCAACUCAGGAAGAAUUCUUUGAAGGGACUAUGAGGCAACCAGUGCAAGAUUUCCUAGAAGGAUGUAAUCGCCUUGUUUUUACGUAUGGCGUUACAAAUGCUGGGAAAACCUACACCUUCCAAGGGACAGAAGAUGAUGUUGGGAUUUUGCCAAGGACGAUGGAUAUGUUGUUUAAAACUAUUGGAGGGAGGCUAUACUCCAAAAUGGAUCUGAAACCUAUUCGGUGGAGAGAUUACAUAAAACUGACUAAAGACCAAGUGAGAGAAGAAACUGCUCUUAAAAAUUCCUUGCUUCGUCUAACAAAAGAGGUAGACUAUCGCAAUAGCACUAAUGGCCAAGCACCAGCUGAUUCUAAAGAUGUGGAAAAUCUCUCAAAAGGAUCAGAACAAUCUAGCGGAUUUUCUGUAGAUAAUUUCUUGAAGUUCUCUGUUUGGGUUUCAUUUUUUGAGAUUUACAAUGAGUGUUUUUAUGAUUUACUGGCUCCUAUGUCAAAUGACAAGAAAAAAAGGACACUUCGCCUUGCUCAAGACAUCAAGGGAUAUUCUUAUGUAAAAGGUCUGCAGUGGGUUCAUGUUUCUGAUUCUAAAGAAGCUUUUAGACUUUUUAAACUGGGACAGAAACACCAGAGUUUUGCAAGCACCAAGCUAAAUACUUGCUCCAGCCGAAGCCACAGUAUAUUUACAAUUAAGGUGCUAAAAAUUGAAGACCUUGAAAUGCCACGAGUGACACGAGUCAAUGAGUUAUCACUGUGUGAUCUUGCUGGUUCAGAAAGGUAUACCAAGACGCGCAAUGAAGGUGAUAGACUGAAAGAGAGUGGAAAUAUCAAUACGUCUCUCCUGACUCUAAGCAAGUGUAUUACUGCACUCAAGAUCAGUCAGCAGUCCAAGGUGCAGCAGCACAUACCAUUUCGGGAGAGCAAGUUAACGCACUUUCUACAGGGAUUCUUCAGUGGAAAAGGGAAGAUACACAUGUUGGUAAACAUCAGCCAGUGUGCUUCAGCCUGUGAUGAAACAUUCAAUGUGCUGAGGUUCUCAGCUAUUGCACAAAAAGUUAUAGUUACGGAUGCAUCUGUUCCUCCUCAAGAUGAGUCAUUUGGCCAGAAAUCAGCAAGUGGGUCAUCAGUGCCUUGUUGCUCUAAAAUGACCAUCCCAAGGAGAAGCACUGGCUUUCUAUGGGACCGAACCCUAGAAGAUGUAAUGGAAGAUGAUGAUGUUGAGAUGGAGGAAGAACGUAGUAAGUCAGGAGAAGAAACAGUGCUGAAAGAUGAAGAAAAUAAAGUCCUUAUAGGAAAAGAAGAAUAUUCAGCACUGCUGAAUCUUGUUGAAGACUUGAAGAACAAACUUAUUGCUGAGAAGAAGGACAAGUUACUCCUGGAAGUGAAAAUUCGUGAUGAAGUGGCACAAGAAUUUACCCAAUAUUUUGCUGAGCAGGAAAAGCAGUUCAAAGAAUGCCUUUCUCAUGAACGAGAACGGCUUGAAGAAAAUUCUGAAAAGCGCCUUGAAAUUUUCAAGGAACUUGUAAGUGGUUAUGCUAAAAGCCCGGACGAAGAGAAAUUAAACGAUCUGCCUCGCCGUGAACAAGCGGAACCCCUGGGUGGAGAACCCAGCGUAGUACUGGACACCUGCGUUGAUCUUGAGGGCAUUCUUGAUUCUCUGCAGAAUGAUGUCGUGGAUAUUAAAAAGCAAGCUGAGGCAGCACACAGUUACAUUGCAUCCCUGGAGGACCCGCAGGAAGCUAUUGGUUGGCUUGAAAAGCAGCUGGAAAAAACUAACUUUGAACUGAUGAGGACCAAGGAAGAGCUGACAGAGAAGAACACCAAACUACUUAAAACUGAAGAAGAGCUGACACAGAAGAACAAAGACUUUGAAAUGCAGAUGAUUAAACUGGAUGAGUCUGCUGAACAACUUAAAGAAGCAACCCAGCAAAUGAAUGCACAAAACGAAAGGAUUCAAGAGCUAAUGGACAUGGUGGUGCAGAAAGAUGACGUUAUUACCAAGCUGCAAGACUUACAAUCUGAUUUAGAAGAAAAAGUAAAAGACUAUGACAAGACUCUAACUGCCAUUAAUACAAAACUGGCAGAAGAGAACACUAAUAAAGUAGCUGAAAGCAGCCAAUUCGAGGAACGUGAGGACAGUGAGUUGGAAGUGGGAAAAAAGCGCUGUUUUGAAGAUCAGCCUACUGUGGAAGAGCCACCUCCAAAGAAAGUAGUUGUGAAGGCGAGAAAGAAAAAGAGCACUCUAGGACAAAAGAAGAUUGAACACAUGAAACAGAAGUGCUCUGCAUACCAUAUGGAAAUACUAGCCCUGAGGGAAAGAACGGAAGCCUUGGAACGUCACCUAGCUGUGCUUGAGGAACAGUGCCAGAGAGAAAAAAAUAAAAAAGAAGGUUUCAGUAAGCAGGUGACAAGCCUGCGUAUUCAGCUCUCUUUUUCUGAAGAAACAGCUGCUGAGCUCUGUGAACAAAUUGAGCAGUGUCAAGCUGAGUAUCGGGAAAUUGCUUCUGAGUUGGAUGAACAGAGAUCUAUAAAUAUGGGGCUCGAAGAAAAAAACGUUGGACUAAAUAACGUCAUAGAAGUUGCCAAGCAAAAUAUAAUUGAUAAAGUGUCACAAGUAACAGCAGUGCAGACCAAAUUAGAUGAGUUAUACAAACGUCACUUAGUGUCUUACGCUACUGAUACUGACUUGGUCAUCGUCAAGGUAUCCUCAGGAGCUAAGAAAGAUGAACCAGAGACAUCUCAAAUUAGUUCUGCAUGCAUUCAGUCACAGGCUUCUUCUAUAUUGGAUCUUGCACAGGACCGUUCCUUUUACUACAGUCUUGAAAGGAUUUGGGAAGUAUGCAAUAGUAUCAUUGAUGUUUCCUCACGAAAGAGUCAGCAGAUGGAAGCACUGCUUCAAAAUGUUGAAAGCCUAACAAAGGGACUGAAAGAUGCUGAAAAUUAUAAUAAUCAACUUGUAAUGAAGCUAAGUGACAUUACAAAUCCAGAUAGUCAGGAAGAUGAUCUUAUGAAACAGUUACAAGAGCAAAUAGAAAAGAAAACUCAGGACUUUGAAAGAAAGGCUGCAGAAGAUCGCAGAGUGAUUGCACAAUUUGAGGAGGAAGUUGCCAGCUGUGAGGUAAAAAUAAGAGAGCUUGAAUGUCUCCUGGAGGCUUAUAGAACCAAGGAAGACAGCCUGACAAAACUCAAAGAGUUACUUAAGGAAAAGGAAUCUAUUAUUGUAAAUCUAGAAACAGUUGCAGCAGCUCUGCAGGAGAAGUCUGCUAAUGCAGACAAAAAGGUUGAGGAGUUAAGUAGCCAAGAAGCAAAUCUGAUGGAAGAAGUUACACAGCUGAAAAACAGCUUGGAGCAGAUGAAGCACUCUCUUUGGGAAAAGGAAAAAAGUGAAGAGGAGAAAACGCAAUCGAUAGAACUGCUGAAGAAGGUUCUUUCUGAGAGCUCUACCCUUGUGAUGAACUUGAAGAGAGAUUUGGAGAGGAAAGAAGAAGAGUAUGCAGAUUUGAAAGAAAAACUUUCUGAUGCCAUGAAACAACUUCAGCAAGUACAAAGCGAGGUGUCCACAAUGCGUUCUGUAGAGAAAUCUCUGAGGAACAAAAUUGAUGAACUUGAAAGGAUUAAAAGACAGUAUGGUGAAGAGCUGGAUAUCAAAAAGCUUACUAUCCAUCAACUUAAACAGGAGCUGUUGAAUAACGAGAAGUUGGAAGAAGUCUCCAAACAGUAUGAGAAAAUGAGAGAAGAUCUGUGUGCAAAAGAAAAAAUAAUUGAAGUUCUGCGGAUGACAUUAGAAGAACAAGAAGAGACUCAGCUUGAACAAGAUAGAGUGCUUGAAGCUCACCUGGAGGAGAAUGAAAGAUUAGUUUCAGAACUGGAGACAUGGAAACAGAAAUGCAGAGAACUGCAAAACCUGAUCAAUAGUGGCCAGCAGCAAAAGAACACCAACAGUGAAGAGGCAAACAUGAAUGAAAAGAGUACAGAAUUAAUAAAGCUGCAGAAAGAGCUGGAGGUAGUGGACUGUCAGUGGGCGUUUUCUAAGGAAAGUGAGGCAAAGUAUCAAACUGAUAGGAAAAAGUGGCUGGAGGAAAAAGAAGGACUCCUAAAUCAGAUAAAAGAAGCUGAGAACCUUCGCAACAGAGAAAUGAAGAAAUUUGCAGAGGACCGACAACGUCAUGGAAAGCAACAAGCAGAAAUUGAAAGACUUGUUGCGCAGCUGGAGGAAAAGGACCGCAAUCUUCAAAAGUGGCGUGAAGAGAGAGAUCAGUUAGUAGAAGCUUUGGAAGUACAGCUCAAAACUUUGGCUUCUAAUGCCAUACAAAAAGAGAAAGAAAUAGCAGAACUGAAACAAUCUGCCGCAAAGGAUUCAAGCAAGGAUAAUGAAGCUGUGAUAGAAGAGUUAAGAAAAGAACUGGCUGUCAAAGAUGACUUUAUAAAGGAAUUAAAACAAUGCAUUAACCGCGGUAGCCCUCAGUCUUUGCCAGAAGUACCUUUACUUGAAGAAAGACAAGGUAGAAUGGAUCGCUCUGUACAUGAAGAGCCUAGGAAAAAACAAAGGAAAAGUGAAUGUGGAGAUGAAGAAAGUAUUCCAGUAAGACAUGAAGCUAAAGACAAUUAUUCAUCAUCUGGAUGUUCUAGCAGUGUCACUUCAUUAAAUGAAUCUGGGGAGCAUUCGGAAACUGUACUCGACUCUUCUGAAGUGUCCACAGAAAAUGGAAAAGCUAGUCGGUUCCCAAAACCAGAGGUGGAAAUCCAACUGACUCCUCUGCAACCCGAUAAGAUGGAGAUAAAGCAGCAUGGCAGCAUGUUACCUGCAAGAGUGAAAAUGCCUAAGACAAGAAAGAAGAGAAAAAGUGAUGACAUGGAUGAGGAUUUUGUGAAAAGUGAGAACAUGAAAAAUGCAAAAUCUGUCAUGGCUUUUAAUUCACCCUCUACGAGUGACGAGCAAAUGAAAUCCAGAAAAGAGUACUUCCUAAGAAAGCAAGUACGUACUUCAAGUAAAAGAUUGACUAGCAAGAAGGAUGCUACACUGCAAAGAAUUGGAGAUUUUCUUCAAAACUCUCCUUCUAUUAUUCACUCUAAAGCCAAGAAGCUGAUGGCAGCAGUAAGCUCUCCGAAACCUCUGGAACCAGAAAGUCUCGGAGAAGAGAUCAAGCCAAAACGAUCCAAAAGGAAGCUGUAUUCAACUGACAUUUCUGGCCCUCUAGAUAUAUCUGCUUCUUCGAUUUUAGUGGAACAAAUCAAGAAGGAGAGUGACCAUCUAAUCAUCAAGCGACGGCUACGAUCAAAAACAGCCAAGUAACCUUGAGGAAGUAUGUUUCUUCCCCUUAGUUAGGACAUAGUUCUAUUAUAUUGAUAUAACUGGUUGUUAAUACAUGGUAACAGUUGCUUUCUUUUGCUCUUAAGUUUGUAUAUAGGUGUAUAGUGUCUUUCUGGCGGUUUCAAACUGACUCCAUUGAAGUUGAAAUAAAUACAAGCUUUCUUGAA